AUGACUUGGAAAUACCUAACUCUUGCGACCUCUGGACUUGCCAUCUUCGGCCAAACCUUGUCGCAAAGUGUCGAUGGCUCCAAGUAUAACAAUCCAACAGCUGGCCCUCCAGCUAGCUAUUUUUCCGCUACCACAACUAUCCCUGUCGCUGCACUUCAAACUGCUGCUGCAAAGGCUAGCAAAGCCGCCAAAGAUGCGACUUAUCCAGUGAAUAGCGACUCUGGGGCCGCUAAAGUCACUAUUCACAGCGAUUGGUCGACAUUCUCAACAGGCGCUGCUUUUGUCUGGGUUGCUGAUAUGGACGUGGACUGUGAUGGACUCGACUACAAGUGCAAGGGGAAUCCAGACGGACUGCCACAGACUAACUUCGGUGCUCUGGCAGCUUACGAGGUUCCUUGGAUUGUUAUUCCUGACAAGUUUGGUACUACUUAUGAGAGUGUUCUUCCAGGGAACAAUAUUGGCGCUGUCAUCUGUGACGGCAAGAUGUUCUAUGGCAUCUACGGGGAUUCCGACGGGGAUGACCCACAGGUGAUUGGGGAGGCAUCUUGGCUGAUGGCUCGAACAUGCUUCCCCAAUGAUGAUCUGAAUGGAAACAGUGGCCAUGGAGGUGUGGAUGUGACUUACAUCCUGUUUACGGGCAAGGACGCAGAGCUUCCAAGUAGCGCACUUAGCAAUAACUAUGUGACUAACUUUACCACAUUGCGAUCUAUGGGUGACAAGCUGGUUUCCUCCCUUGUGAAAAGCCUGGGCCUUGUGGGUCCUCGUCUACAUGUUCCUGGUCUGGGCACUGUGCUGGUGCUUCCUGCUCAAGUGAUAACGAUUGUUCUGAUGAUCUUGUUUGCACCAACGGGAAAUGUGCUAGCGCUUGAGCGGUAG